GCGGAGCCCCGCACCGGCAACGGCUCCCCCGGCCCCGCCGCGCACCCGGGCAGGCGCACGCUCGGCGGAGCCGCCCCUCCUCCGCCGCCCGCCUUCCCCCGCGCAUGGCGCUGAGCGCGGCAGCCCCCGGCUCCGCACGUAAGUAACGGCCCCGCCGCGCCUUUGUGCGCGGGCCCGCCGCAGGUGAGGGGCUGCACCGGUCGUCUGGCGCUCUCGGCCGCGCCCCUGCCGGGCACCGGGGACGAGGGGGAGCCCGGUCAGAGCGGCCGCGGCCCGGCCCGGGGGCCCGGCUGGUCGGAGCCCCGGGGCCGGGGGAGGUGCCCGGGGGCCGGGCCGGGCCGUGGCGGCGCCUCAGGGCUGCGCUCUGCCCCGCGCAGGUGGCGGCGCGGGCGCGGCUCGCGGUGACUCCCCCGGGCCGGGGCGGCGGCGGGCGCUGAGCCCUCGGCCCGGAUGGAAAGUGGGGGUGAUGCCAGAGCGGCACCUCGGCGCGGCGGCAGAGGCGGCGGCCGUGGCGGGGUUCCAGCCGCUGCCGAGCCCGGCGCUCCGCCGGCCGCGGAGACAGGCGUGAACAUGGAUGGGCCCGGCGGCGGGCGGAGCGGGGCGGCCGCAGGCACGGACGCUGCUGCGGCGCCGGCAGCCCCCGGGGCCCCCACCCCUCCGGCCCGCGGUCCCGGCUCCAGGGACCCCAAGCUGGUCCAUCAGCGGUUCCUGCGGAGGAGCGUGGUGGACUCGGACCAGGAGGAGCCCGCCUUCGACCUGCCCGAGGCGGAGCACCAGCGGAGAAUCAUCCUGCUCCCCAAAACCCGGAGGAUAAUCGCGGAGCGGGCCAAGGUGGGGCAGGGGGCGACGGAAGCGGCGGGCCGGGAGGCCGAGUGCUCCGGGGAGCCGCGGGCAACGCCGCCCGCCAGCAGCACCGCGGGCGCCGAGGAGCAGAAGGAGCCGGGCAAGGAUGCGGAGCGGAGAGAGGCGCAGGAUGCUGCCAAGGACCAGGGCAAGGCUAAGAAAGAGGAGCCCGAGGAGGAGGCCGAUAUGAAAGCGGUUGCCACCUCGCCGGAUGGCAGGUUCCUAAAGUUUGAUAUUGAACUCGGGCGGGGAUCCUUCAAAACGGUCUACAAGGGUCUGGACACGGAGACGUGGGUCGAAGUCGCGUGGUGUGAACUGCAGGACAGAAAACUCACAAAAGUAGAGAGGCAGAGAUUUAAAGAGGAAGCAGAAAUGUUGAAAGGUCUACAGCACCCAAACAUCGUGAGGUUUUAUGACUUCUGGGAAUCCUGUGCAAAAGGCAAAAGAUGCAUCGUGCUGGUUACCGAGCUGAUGACCUCUGGAACGCUGAAGACGUAUCUGAAGAGGUUUAAGGUGAUGAAACCUAAAGUCCUGCGGAGUUGGUGUCGGCAAAUCCUGAAGGGUCUUCUUUUCUUACACACAAGAACUCCACCAAUAAUUCACAGAGACUUGAAAUGUGAUAAUAUUUUUAUUACUGGACCAACUGGAUCUGUGAAAAUAGGAGACUUGGGUCUGGCAACACUCAAAAGAGCUUCAUUUGCCAAAAGUGUCAUAGGUACACCAGAAUUCAUGGCCCCGGAAAUGUACGAGGAGCACUAUGAUGAAUCUGUGGAUGUCUACGCCUUUGGAAUGUGCAUGCUGGAAAUGGCUACCUCAGAAUACCCUUACUCAGAAUGCCAGAAUGCUGCUCAAAUCUACCGAAAAGUAACCUGUGGUAUAAAGCCAGCAAGCUUUGAGAAAGUUACCGAUCCUGAAAUUAAGGAGAUAAUUGGGGAGUGCAUCUGCAAAAACAAAGAAGAAAGAUAUGAAAUUAAAGAUUUAUUAAGCCAUGCCUUUUUUGCUGAAGAUACUGGGGUAAGAGUGGAACUUGCAGAAGAAGACCAUGGUAGGAAAUCCUCUAUUGCCUUAAGACUCUGGGUAGAAGAUCCUAAGAAACUGAAAGGAAAACCCAAAGAUAAUGGAGCCAUUGAGUUUACUUUUGAUCUGGAGAAGGAAACUCCUGAUGAUGUUGCACAAGAAAUGAUUGACUCGGGCUUUUUCCACGAGAACGAUCUCAAGAUCGUGGCCAAGUCCAUCCGUGACCGGGUGGCGCUGAUCCUGUGGCGCAGGGAGCGCAUCUGGCCCAGGAUGCAGUCGGAGGAGCGCCGUGACUCGGAGUGCCUGGACAAGCUGAAGGCACCGCCGGCGCAGCAGGUCCAGGUCACCUACCUGUCCCACACGGGCCACCACAUCCUGUCGGAGCCCGAGGAGCCCGAGGCGGACCAGCACCCCUUCCAGCAGAACCUGCCCGCCAGCGUCACCUCUGUCGCCUCUGACAGCACGUUUGACAGUGGCCAGGGCUCCACGGUUUAUUCAGACUCGCAGAGCAGCCAGCAGAGCGUCAUCUACUCGUCCCUGCCCGACACUGUCCCUCCUGCCAUCCAGAGGGUGUACAGCCCCCCCCUGAGCGAGGGCCAGCCCGUGCCCCACAGCCUCCCCCAGCUCGGCCACUACCAGCAGCCCUCGGCACCCGUGCUGCCCGCCGUGCCAGCCACGCCCGCCGUGGUGCCCCAGCACUACCAGGAGCCGGCGAUGCCGUUCCCCGUGGUCCCCAGCACCGUGGCCUCGCUCCCGCUGGGGCAGCCGCCGCCGCCCGUGCUGGCCGGCCAGCAGCAGCAGCAGCAGCCCAUCUCGCAGGCAGCCUCCCUGCAGCAGGUGCUCAGCAGCCAGCCCGUGUGCCCGCUGCCGCCCGCCCCACACCUGCUGCCGCCCUUCCCGGCGCAGGGCUCGCAGGUGCCCGCCAGCAGCACGCCCCUGAAGCCCCUGCAGAUCUCCACCGUGCCGCAGCUCCCAACCGUGGCCCCUUCCCAGAUUCCUCAGUUUCCUGUCAUUCCUGCAAUUACUCCUCUGGCGGGGCUUGACAGCCUUCCUCCAAACCUGUCCGACAUCCCCGCUGCAAACGUGCCCCCCAUUCCUGCUCCCUCGCAGUACUUCGCUCCAGCCGUGAUCCUGCCCAGCCUGCCCAUGAACCCCACGCUGCCCAUGGCGCCCAACUCCCCUGCCCUGCCCAUGCAGGCCGUCAACCUGCCCCACACCACCGUGGCUCCCCUGGUCCUGCCCUGCCAGCCCAUGGUGCCAAACAUGCCAGCGGCCACCAUCCCGCUGCUGGCCGUGGCGCCGCCGGGGGUGCCGCCGCUGGCGCCGCACGCCGCGCUGCCGCCGCAGCCCGUGUUCCAGCCCGCCUUCCAGCCGCUGCUGCCCGGCGACGCGCCCUCGCCCCACCACGCGCAGAGCUCCCAGCCCGUGGGCCAGGCACCGCCGCCUCCUCCAGCCCUGCAGCCCGGCGUCGUCCACCCUCCCGAGCCCGCUCACCAGCCCAUGCCUGGACACAGUCAGUUUGCCCUGGAAGCUGGAGCCCAGGUGCCCGUGCUGCCAGUGCAGCCCUCCAUGGUCAUGUCACCGCCGUUGCAGCUGCAGCCGGAGCUGGUGCCGCCCUGCGUCGCUCCCGAAGGCGCUGCCCAGGCCCACGGCAGCCUUGCCACAGCUGCCCCGCCUGCCCCCAUAGAGCCUGGCCUGCCUCUCCAGCCCUCUGCUCUGCUGCAGCUCCAGCCUGAUCUUUCGCAGCCUCUGGGCCAGCAGCUCCCAGCUCCCUGCUUGCCUGUCACGGCGGGCACAGAGACAUCUCAAGAGGAGCAGGCAAUACAGGACAAACUCCAAGCUCUGUCCCAGAGUUGCGAAAGCUACAUGAGUCCAGAUGUUGCUUCUGGCAAAGAGAUGAGUGACAGCUUGGAAGGAGCAACAGGAAGUGGAAAGCAAGAAGGAAAGUCUUCAAAGAAGCAUAAGAAAUCCACACGCGCUCGUUCGCGCCAGGAGAAGUCCAACAGACCCAAACUGACCAUACUAAAUGUGUGUAACACAGGGGAUAAGAUGGUGGAAUGCCAGCUUGAAACCCAUAACCACAAAAUGGUGACGUUCAAGUUUGACUUGGAUGGUGACGCGCCGGAGGAAAUUGCCACUUACAUGGUGGAGAAUGAAUUCAUCUUGCAAAGUGAAAAAGAGACUUUUAUUGAACAAAUGAAGGAUAUCAUUGAUAAAGCAGAGGAUAUGCUCAGUGAGGAUACAGAAGGAGAGCGAAGUUCUGACCAGGGAAUAAGUCCCCAACAAGAUGCAGAUAGGCUGGAAAUAAGCGAGGAGAAGCGUCAGUCUCAAAUGAAGACGCCUGUGUAUCAGCAAAAUGUUUUGCAUACCGGAAAAAGGUGGUUUAUUAUAUGUCCAGUGGUUGAAAACCCUACUACAGAUGCCCCUGAGUUUUCUCCCCCGGUGCCUCCCAGUGCCCAGCAGACAGACGGGCCAGACGCGGAGCAGUCAGAUGACCAGCCGGUGAGCUCUGCGGUGACAGAGGCGCCUGGGCUCGGGGCUGGCCAGCAGCUUCCCCUGCACACAGGGGUCAGUGACAGCCCCCUUGGAGCCGCCCUGUCCCUGGCACCGGCUCCUGCUGCGGCAGCUCCUGCCAGCGUAGCAAGCCAGCCGGAGUUCCCAGCGCCAGCCCCGCUGGCACCUGCCCCGAGCAUGGCGGAGCCCGCGGUGGCCGGCGGGGCUCAGCCGGAGUUCCCGCAGCCCGGGGCCCCGGCCCCCCGCGCCGUGGGGCUGGAGGAGCCCCCCGAGGCGCCGGCCCCGCACCUGCCGCCGCCGGCGGACGAGCCGGCCUGCGUGCCCGACGUGGAGAUCGCCUGCUGCAGCGUGGGGCCGCCCGCGGCCGCGCCGGCGGCUCUGGGGCCGCUGCCUGCGGACGCCGCGGUGCUGGAGCGGCAGCCGGCGCCGCAGGGGCCGCACCUGCUGGAGGGCGGCCAGCCCGGCGCGGGGCCCUUCGGCAGCCAGCCCUUCCCCGCGGCCGCCGGCCCCGACGGCCUGGCCCUGGCGGGCUCCCAGCUCCAGAGCCCCACGCAGGUGCCACUGGCCUCGUCCCAGCAGCCGCCGGUGGCGCAGAGCGGCGCGGGGAUGGCCGGGGCAGGGGUCGGCCUGCUCCAGCAGCAGAACCCCCCCGGCACCGCCGAGUCCGACGGCGAGGGCCCCCCCAGGGUGGACUUCGUGGACAACACGAUUAAAAGCCUUGAUGAGAAGCUGCGCAAUUUGCUGUACCAGGAAUAUGUUCCAACUUCUUCGGCAUCAGCAGGGACGCCAGACACCUCUGUGCCACCCGAACAGGGCGACAGUGAAUUUACCUUACCCCCUUUUCCUGAAGAGCAAGCUCCUGCCCCAGCGCUGGAUGGGAGAGAACCGAGCUAUAGCACUCCGGACACCGGCCAGGAGUUGAACAAGCCAGAAGUCACUGGUGUGAGUGCUCAUCCCUCAGAGGCAAGAGGUGGGUCAGCAGGCGGAACAGGUCCAGCCACAAGCAUCACUUCAGCUCCUGCUGCUCCAGCAAAGGGCCUCCUUCAGGUUGCACCUUCAUCAUCAGGCACAGCUCCACAGAUGGAGACUUUCCAGAGGAGUGAGGAGGCAGAGAGGACGGCUUCGCCCGCACACGCAGAGAGCGUAACGCGGCGAGUGACGGCAGAUGGGGCGAUGAGUAACUUCCACAGGGAUGGUUCUCCGGGCUCUGGUCCCUAUGGAAAACAGGCUGAGGCUCAGGAGAGCGGCACGCCAGCCAAAACCAUUGGCAGGUUUUCAGUCAUCAGCACGCAGGACGAAUUGACUUUAGCAGCGCCGCACUGCUUGAGGUUCUCGGCGCCCCCAGACGUGUACCUGGACGAGCUGCCCUCCAGCCCGGACAUGAAGGCCGCUGUGCGCAGGGUGCAGACGGCCUCGUCCGUGGACGUGCUGUGUGACCAGGCCUCGAGCGACUCGGCCGACGAGCCCUGCCCGCGGCAGCCGGCCCCUGCUGCAGCUGCACAGCUCUCCCCGCCCAGCAGCAGCACGGCCACGGACCUCAUCAAAAAAGCGGCUGCGUUUCUGCAGAGGUCUGCCAAAGGUGGCUCCCCUGGCCCAGAGUCUCCCAAUGGGCAAGGUGCGAAGAUUCCUACGAUCAACAUCACGUCCUUCCACUCGCAGUCGUCCUACAUGAGCAGUGACAAUGACUCAGAGUUUGAAGAUGCUGAUAUGAAGAAAGAGUUGCAGAACCUGAGAGAAAAGCAUAUGAAAGAGAUUGCUGAGCUGCAGACACAGCAGAAGAACGAGAUAGAGGCACUGUAUAUUCGCCUGGGGAAACCCCUUCCUCCCAACCUGGGCUUCCUUCACUCUGCCCCGCCAAGCAGCCGGCGCCGAAGAACGAGCAAAAACAAAUUGAAAGCCGGAAAGCUCUUAAACCCUCUGGUCCAGCAGCUCAGGAGUGGAACAUCAAGCACAAGUAACCUCUCAGACUCUAAAGACUCGCCCCACAGAGAAAGCAGUACCGCGCAGCCCGGUUUCCCCGCAGCCGCCGCGGUGCCGGCCGGCGCAGCGCCCGCCCUGGGCAAGGCUGUGCAGACCCAGCAGCCCUGCUCUGUCAAAGCCUCUCUGUCCUCUGACAUCUGCUCCGGCCUGGGCCCCGAUGCCGCCGACGCCAACGCAGGCGCUGGCCAAGGCUGGACGGUUUUCCACCAAACGUCUGAGAGAGUGACCUAUAAAUCUAGUAGCAAACCUCGUACCAGAUUCCUCAGUGGACCUGUGUCUUUGUCCAUCUGGUCCACCUUGAAACGACUAUGUCUAGGCAAAGAUCACAGUAGUAGAUCCUCGACCAACAGCCUGGUGACGUGUCCUGAGCCCCUCCCGCAGUCGACGCUGCAGGUUCAGGCCAACAACAGUAACAACAAGAAAGGGACGUUCACAGAUGACCUGCACAAGCUGGUGGACCAGUGGACGAGCAAAACUGUUGGAGCUGCACAGACAAAACCUUCUUUAAACCAACUGAAGCAGAACCAAAAAAGGCAAGACAUGGAGCCAAAGGCUAACCCCAUGCAAAUGCAGAAUGAGACAUGUGGAGUAAGUUCGGUAAGGACAGGACUGGGGAGCAAGUGCCCCGUUCCAGUGGCUUGCCCCAUGCCCACAGGAUUAGCUCCUGGAGCUGCGCCAUCCCUGCCCGUGCCCGUGCCCGGGCCCGCCCUGGCCGGCGCGGUGCCGCCGUACGUGAUGCCUCUCUGUCAGUACGGAGCCGUGUUCCCCUCGCCCGUGUACGGAGUGCCGUGGCCGGGCCCGGUGGCGCAGCCGGGGCUGGUCCGGGGGCCCGGCAUCGUGCGCUUCUCGCCGCUGGGCCGCACCUGCCUGCGCAUGUACCCGGGGCCGCUGCAGCGCCCGGCCCGGCCCGCCAGCCCGCGGCUGCGCAUGACCUAGCGCGGGGCCCCGCCACAGGACCCUGCCACAGGGACUGUGCCAUGGGACCCUGCUAUGGAGACUGUGCCAUGGGACCCUGCCACAGGACCCUGCCGCGGGGACUGUGCUACAGGACCGUGCCAAGGGACCCUACCACGGGACCCUGCCACUGAGACUCUGCCAUGGGGUCCUUCACACGGGUGACCCUGUCAGUGGGUGGCCUUGCCGUGGGUGACCCUGUCAGUGGGGGGCCUUGCCGUGGGUGACCCUGCGCUGGGUCCCGGUGGUUUUGAUGCUGUCACGCUGGAGUGUUUGCUCUGUCCAUGCCAUGGUCUGUGUGGGAUGAGGCGGGCCCGGGGCACAGCCAUGCACUGCAUCAGCAAUCACUGUGAGGCGGCGGCACCACAGAUCAUUUGUUGUCAAGGCAAUACCUGCUUCUGUCCCAUUGCUGAAGACACUUUAUUCCUUGUGUUCCGUUUCACACUUGUGAUCCUUAACAUCAUUGUACUUGAAUUGAUAAUUAGCAAAUUGUACUAACCAUGCAGGAGUUCAGUGCCUUGAAUCUCAGCUUUCCAGUCCCAGCUGGAAAGAGAUGUACAAUUAUUUGAAAGGUGUAUUUUAUUUACAAUCUGCUUGUGAGUUGGAGGUCUUUUUAUUUGCAAAGAUAUUGCAGGUUUACAGUUGAUGUUCCUCAUCAGUUUCAUUCUGCUGUAAAUGCUUUGUUUUUAUUCAUGGGUUGAAUUUUCACUUCUGAAGCUUUUAGAAAUAAGAAUUGUGAGGUGAGAUUUGUUUGACAUGCUUGUUUGAUGCACUGAUCGUAAAAUUGUUGGUGUUUGUACAAGGAGUAGUGAAGUGUACAUUGUAAUGUGGAGCAUUUACAGAGUGAUCUAAGGAAGGUGUAUACAAGGACAGGGGUGCAGCUUCAGGCUGCGCUCUCCGUUCUCCCCAGCCUGUGGUAAAGCCAUUGGAGAUGACGACUUAAUUCUGUAACGGGCAGCAAAUGCUGUUUUCCUCUGGAUCAGCAGCACACUGGAUUUCAUUUCCUUUCCCUAUGUUGUGAUUUUAUAAUUAGUUAAAUCUCAAGCUCAUGCAUGUUCCAUAAGUGAGGACAAGUAAUGGAGCUGUUGUUUCUAGCAGACCGUGUCUGCAGGUGGCUGUGGGCCUGUGUGAGCAGAGCACACGUUCGGUUCUGCUCCGGCCGCUGCGCUUGAGGGCGAUGUCUGCUCCUUGGUGUGCCAGCUGUGGUAAUGCUGGAACAGAAUAAGAAUGUGAAGCUGUUCUUUUUCAUAUCUGACACUUCAAAUUUGGUGUCUCACUGCCUUCUGUUUGGAUUUUUUUUAAAUUUAUUUAUAUAUUUAUCUUUGUUUUUACUCAAGUUUGCGCUCCAGGUGGCAUGGACACCUCUCUCCUGUUUGAAAGUUGCUUUUUUCCUAUUUUACUGUGAUAGAGCCUCCACCUGCACUUAGUGUAAAGGCACAAGGUAACCACUAGAGCUGGUUUGCCAUGGUAAGUCUCCUUCCUUCCCUGAGCACUACGGGCAGCACUACAGGCACAGGACCCAGCUGUGGCCAUACCCAAAGGCCCCACAAUGACAUUUUGUAGCCCUCUGCUGAGGGGCAGAGGUGUCCUGUGCUGCCAAGCUGUGAAUUGUAUAGUUCUAUUGUACUUCAAGCAUUAUACCUGUCUAAAUUACUUUGUUUGUACCCUUUGAAUAUAUUAUUCCAUCAAUUCAGUUAGAAUUGAAUUUUAUAGACAAUUAUGCAGAGUCUUCUGCCUGGGCAAAAUACUUACUGCAGUAAGAGAUUUCUGUUCUCUGUACCAUGUAUCUUUAAUUUGUUUGGGUUUUUUAGAUUCAUGUCGGUAUGCUUCAUGAGCAAACAUGGAAAAUAUGUUCUCACACCGGGUUCCCUUUGGCUCACACUGAAUCCUACAGUUUAUGUUGCUAUUGCCUGUAUAGUCCAUCCCUUGUAUGCUGACAAAGUCAGUGGCACUAAAAGUCCCAAGAGAUUGUAUAGAUUAAAAAGAAAAAUAAACAUUUUGUGCUUGA